UCGCGGGCCACACCCAUGGCGACGCCGGGCGUCGGCGCCGCGUGCCUCGCGCCCUCCGCCGCGGCGGCCCCGCGCCGCCGCGCCGAUCCGGCCAGGGCCAGGGCCUGCCACGCCCGCCCGCGCCUCCUCCAGCUCGUCCGCAGGCGCUGCGUCGCCGAGCUCAGCAGGGAGGGCCCCGCGUCGCGCCCCCUGCAUUCCCCGGCCCAGCAGCUGGCUCCACCGCUCGUGCCCGGCCUCCUCGCGCCGCCGACCGUGCCGGACGCCGGCGUCGGGGACCUCGAACCCGACCUCCAGCUCGAAGGGAUCGACGAGGAUUCCGUCGACAGAACAGUUGUUGUUGUAAGUGAGCAGGAUUCUGAGAUCAUGGAUGCAAAGGAGCAAACCCCAGCUAAAGUUACACGCAGCAUCGUGUUCGUAACUGGGGAAGCUGCUCCUUAUGCAAAGUCAGGGGGGCUAGGAGAUGUUUGUGGUUCACUGCCAAUCGCUCUUGCUGCUCGUGGUCACCGUGUCAUGGUUGUAAUGCCAAGAUACCUAAAUGGCUCCUCUGAUAAAAAUUACGCAAAGGCGUUUUACACUGGGAAGCACAUUAAGAUUCCAUGCUUUGGCGGAUCACAUGAAGUUACAUUUUUCCAUGAGUAUAGAGACUCCGUUGAUUGGGUGUUUGUUGAUCAUCCAUCAUAUCAUAGACCAGGAAGUUUGUAUGGAGAUAAUUUUGGUGCUUUCGGUGAUAAUCAGUUCAGAUACACACUCCUUUGCUAUGCUGCAUGUGAGGCCCCACUCAUCCUUGAAUUGGGAGGAUAUAUCUAUGGACAGAGUUGCAUGUUUGUUGUGAACGAUUGGCAUGCCAGCCUUGUGCCAGUCCUUCUUGCUGCAAAAUAUAGACCGUAUGGUGUUUACAGAGAUUCCCGCAGCACGCUUGUCAUACAUAAUUUAGCACAUCAGGGUGUGGAGCCUGCAAGUACAUAUCCUGAUCUUGGGUUGCCACCUGAAUGGUAUGGAGCUUUAGAAUGGGUAUUUCCAGAAUGGGCAAGGAGGCAUGCCCUUGACAAGGGUGAGGCGGUAAACUUUUUGAAAGGUGCAGUUGUGACAGCAGAUCGAAUUGUGACUGUCAGUCAGGGUUAUUCAUGGGAGGUCACUACUGCUGAAGGUGGACAAGGCCUCAAUGAGCUCUUAAGUUCCCGGAAAAGUGUAUUGAAUGGAAUUGUCAAUGGAAUUGACAUUAAUGACUGGAAUCCCACCACAGACAAGUGCCUCCCUUAUCAUUAUACUGUUGAUGAUCUCUCUGGAAAGGACAAAUGUAAAGCUGAAUUGCAGAAGGAGCUGGGUUUGCCUGUAAGGGCUGAUGUUCCUCUGAUUGGCUUUAUUGGAAGAUUGGACUACCAGAAAGGCAUUGAUCUCAUUAAAAUGGCCAUUCCAGAUCUCAUGAGGGAAGACGUCCAGUUCGUCAUGCUUGGAUCUGGGGAUCCAGCUUUCGAAGGCUGGAUGAGAUCCACCGAGUCAAGCUACAAGGACAAAUUCCGUGGAUGGGUUGGAUUUAGUGUUCCAGUUUCCCACAGAAUAACUGCAGGUUGCGAUAUCCUGUUAAUGCCGUCCAGAUUCGAACCUUGCGGUCUCAAUCAGCUAUAUGCGAUGCAAUAUGGUACAGUUCCUGUCGUUCAUGGAACUGGGGGCCUCCGAGAUACUGUCGAGACGUUUAACCCUUUUGGUGAAACAGGAGAGGAGGGUACAGGGUGGGCAUUCUCACCAUUAACAGUGGAAAAAAUGUUGUGGGCAUUGCGAACUGCAAUGUCAACAUACAGGGAGCACAGGCCCUCUUGGGAGGGGCUGAUGAAGCGUGGCAUGUCGAAAGACCAUACAUGGGACCAUGCCGCCGAACAGUACGAGCAGAUCUUUGAGUGGGCCUUCGUGGAUCA